UAGCGACGCAGGCUCGAGCGGAGACGUUAGGAUGAGGAGUUACAGCGCGACACACGAUGUUUCACCAGCAGACGGUCACGUGACGGACUAGACGCUGCGGGAGGACGCGUUCACUGCGACGUUUGGAUGGCGGAGAGAUUUCGGAGCGAAUAGCGAAAUAAAUCAUUAAUUUUCAGACCAUGAACUAUGUGGGCCAGUUGGCGGGCCAGAUGUUCGUGCAGGUCAAGGAGCUGUACAGAGGACUCAACCCUGCCACUCUGUCUGGAUGCAUCGACGUCAUCGUGGUGCAGCGGCCCGACGGCUCCCUGCACUGCUCCCCCUUCCACGUGCGCUUCGGCAAGAUGGGCGUGCUGCGGUCUCGUGAAAAAGUGGUCGACAUAGAAAUUAAUGGAGAGCCGGCGAGUUUGCACAUGAAGCUGGGAGAGAACGGAGAGGCCUUCUUCGUCGAAGAGACUGAGAACACAACGGAAAUCGUUCCGUUCCACCUGGCGACGUCACCCAUCAUGUCAACGGGGGCGGAGCUGAUGGAGUCCCAGCUAGGCAGGCGCAGUUCUCGGCAUUACGACAUCAUCCCCUGCGGCUCACUUCCUGUGCUGAGCCUAGGACCGCAGCAAAGUGAUGGCGGGAUGAUCAAGAAGUGGAAAAAGAGAAGGAGGAAGACGCGACCGGAUGCAGGCGGCGGAGGCGGAGGAGGAGGAGGAGGAGGGAGGAGAGAGGAGAGCGGGGAAGAGUUCUCGGAGGACCAGGAUAUGUUUACUAUUGACUUGAGCUCGGAUGAGGACAGAGAGGGGGACAACAGACCUGUGUAUGGAGAUCAGGGGCCGACAGCCAACGCGCACACACACCACAGCCCGGAUUGGAUCCGCUCACACAGUCACAUGAUUAAGGACUCCCUCUCCGUCGCUCCACCCUGUGGUCUGUCUAUCUCUUGUCCUCAGAAGACUUCCUACUUCUCCACCCCCAAUAGCCCCGACAAUUCUAGGUCAUCGACACCGAAGAGCGACUCGGAGCUAAUUACUGAGAACAAAGACAACCCGGAAAUGUUGUGGACGUGGGGGGAGCUGCCACAAGCUGCUCAGCCGUCCUUCUUGACUUCCCACCAGAAGCAGGAGCCAGUCACAACAGUCUCCAUCCCGGUGUCUGCCAGCACUCACUUCAGAGCCAUCAGUGACACCGGACCCCCAUCCUUCGCUCUCUAUGCCCCCCAGCCGGGGGAGACGACCCCCCAUGACGGGGACACGGAGGAGAGCAAUCAUGGAGCCAUGGUGGGACUGCCCACUAACACAGGGGUCAGGGCCGAAGUGAGAGAGGUGGAUAGUGUUGGCCCAUCAUGUCCAGAGAUGGAGGGUCUAGCAGCCGGCUCAGUGUCUCCCAGGAUGCUCCUCGAUCAUCUGGAUGAAGGAGGGAAUAGAGGAAGUCCCAUUAGAAAAAACGAUUCGCCAUCGAAGAAGAAAGAAAAGAGAAGCCAACACCUCGGGGCUGAUGGCAUAUACCUGGACGACAUUACACAGCUGGAGCCUGAAGUCGCUGCUCUGUACUUCCCAAAAAGUGACGGAGGCAGCAGCUCAAUGAGAGGGGACUCCGAGAUGAUGAUGAUGAUGGGAGUUUGCAGCGCUAACCAGUCGCCCCAGUCAGUGGGUAGCAGUGGGAUGGACAGCGGCGUCGACAGUUUGCCCGACCAAGCCGGGGACAUGCCUCAUGUUUCCAUAUCUCUGUGCGGAGGACUCACCGACAACAGCGAGAUCACAAGAGAGCACUUCAAGGAGAGGGUAAUUACCUACCAGCAGUUCUCUGAAAACCCUUCUAUGAUCGACGACCCGAACCUGGUGGUCAAGAUAGGAAGCAAGUACUACAACUGGAACACGGCGGCUCCUGUCAUGUUGGCCAUGCAGGUCUAUCAGAAACCACUGCCACAGGCCUCAGUGGAGAACAUCAUGAAGGAGAAGAUGCCAAAGAAAGGAGGACGCUGGUGGUUUUCAUGGAGGAGCCGGAACAGCGACUCCAAAUCAGAAUCAGUGACAGAUGCAGGAGGAGACAGUGGAGAGAGCUCACUCACUCUGUCCUCAGGAAACAGGAUGAAGGACGAGUCAUCCUCUAGUGAUGAGGACCACAGGUCGUCCAAUCAGGUGUCAGGAUCCUGCCCGUCUGAGCUCCUUGUGAGCUCUGGCAGCGUCUGCUAUAAGAAGACUCUUCGGCUCACCUCGGAGCAACUGGCACGCCUGCAGCUGAAGGAAGGUCCUAAUGAUGUGGUGUUCAGUGUCACCACUCAGUAUCAGGGCACCUGUCGUUGCCAUGGCACAAUCUAUCUUUGGAGCUGGGAUGAUAACAUAAUCAUCUCGGAUAUAGACGGUACCAUCACCAGGUCAGACACCUUGGGUCACAUCCUCCCCAAUCUGGGUAAAGACUGGACCCACCAGGGUAUCGCUCGGCUGUACCACAAAGUCAGCCAGAAUGGAUAUAAAUUCAUGUACUGCUCAGCGAGGGCCAUCGGCAUGGCCGACAUGACCCGCGGCUACCUGCACUGGGUCAACGAGAGGGGCACCAUGCUGCCCAUUGGCCCGGUGCUGCUCAGUCCCAGCAGCCUUUUUUCUGCCUUGCACAGGGAGGUGAUUGAGAAGAAACCGGAGAAGUUUAAGAUCGAGUGCCUCACAGACAUAAAGCAGCUGUUCUACCCCAACACUGAACCUUUCUACGCUGCUUUCGGCAACAGAGCGACGGAUGUUUACUCCUAUAAGGAAGUGGGUGUUCCUCUGAACAGGAUUUUCACUGUCAAUCCCAAGGGAGAGCUGAUUCAGGAGCACGCCAAAACCAAUAUCUCCUCCUUUGGGCGUCUGUGCGAGAUGGUUGACCACGACUUCCCGGUCCUGGCUCGAGACGAGGAAACCAACGCGCCGUGCUCUGACACUUUUCACCAGGUCGACUACUGGAGCAAACAACUUCCUGAUGCCACCGACCGGGAAGAAGAAGAAGAAGAUGGCCCGCGGCCACUUGAGACAAGCUGAGAAAGAAUUCGUCACAGAGGAUGUUGCAUAACAAGACGUUUUGGUCAGUGGUUUCGGGAUUCACGGGAAGUCGGCAGCCCACAUUCAGAGAUUAUUUUUAAAUCCAUAACGUAUCCAAGAAGCUCGCACAUGGAUCAAAGACUUUACUUAAGAUGAGUUACGGCAACUAUUGAUUCAGAGUAAAUUAAUGGUGAAAAUUAUUAUUGGUAUUAUUUUGCACCAAUAUGGCUUGAAGAGUAUGGUAUCAAUGUUGGGUCAUCCCUUCUUGUAUCACCUUCAAAUUCGAUGUAAAAAGAAAGAAAGUCCAUCUUAAAAUAAUCAACCGUGCUAAGUUGACCUCAGCAUUGGUUAAAAUCUGCUAACAUGUUUAAAAUGUAGGUAUGCACCAUGUAAAUUAGAUAAUACAUAAUUUUGCAGACAUUCUGCUGUACCCUGAAGAGAUUCUACACCGGCAGCAUGUCCUGCACAACCGGCUUCCACUAUUGAUAAUAAACAAUAAAUGAUGUGUACAAUUCAGCUGUUCAGAAUCUCAAACCGUUGGUGCAUCACUCAUUUUGGCAUCUUGUUUAAGUGACGUAAGGUAACAUCACGUUGUAAUGAAGCCAUCCAGAACAUGCAGAAAUCGUACAAAUAGUGUAACCAAUCUUAUUUCUGUGCCAAACAGCUAAAUGUGUGUGUGUGGUCUUCUGACCGUGCUCCUGUGAAAGAUGUGGCUCGUGUUCAGUGACGACACGCGAGAUAAACGCAGCGCGAUGCACAUAACCUCCGUCCUUUUUUUUUAUUCAUGCAACUAAGUUAACUCCAGUGAUGUGCUAGAAUGUGGACUAUAAAUCACUCAGAGAUUAUGUUAUUACAUUUAAUUGUGUAUAAUGGCCAAUGCUCAUCAAUGCAAUUACGAUAGAAGCCCAUACAGUUGGUACUACUCAGAUCAGCAUACUUUUAUUUACAGCACUAAUUUGUGAUGUAAUUGAGUAUGAAUGCACGAUACUCAAACACGUUUAUUUUUGUAUAUUUUAAGUAUGUUCUUCAUUUGUUCAUCAAAUGUUUAUGUUUUCAUUCAUUGAUCAAAUAACAUGUACUGAAUGUAUGUGAGAUGGAAGUCCGUCUGUUUAUUAGUUGUCGAACUUAAAAUUGGGGGAAACCACUGUAAAUAAUGAUGGAGCGUCAUUUUUAGAGACCAUAUGAAGUGAACUCUAAUAAUACAAAACAAAGCUCAUUCAAAUGCACUCAGAGCCAUGUUACGCUUUACUGUGAAUCUGUUUUUAAAACAGCAUGUGGCCACUAAAGCACAACAAUGGAUAAUAAAGAACGCAGCUUUUGAAUGCCAGUCGGCUUCAAGAAAAGGAAAAAAAUGAGAUGAUGAUGCUUCUUCUUUCUAGAUUUUAAAUCCUCUGAAAAUGAUUAAGAAAUAAGAAAUCUAGGUAAUUCCCCAAAUUUGAGUUUAAAUUUAAAAUGGAUAUUUGUAGCCUGAUAUUAAUGUGUCCUAUAAAGGAGAUUUAAAUGCCAGAAUACUGAUAACAGAGAUACAUGACUGAUUCAUUUUGUGCACCGGAUAUAAAAAAAAUAUAUGUCUGAUGCUGUACUGUGAUUCACUUUAGCUGAAAGAAAACUAUUAAGGAAUUAACCUUUUAACCUGUUGACGUUCACACGCCUUUGGGUAGACCGGUGUAAAUUAUGUAAAAGGAAAAGAUGCAAAGGGUGCAUGCUGUUGUAAAGCUCAGAUACAUAAUUCUGUAGAUAUGAGGAUCAGUGCCUUGUCACCUGAUCUUUGUAGGGAAGUGCAUUUCUUUAUGAUUGUUUUCAGUAUCUGGGUGAAGUCACAGUUCAUACUGGAAAGAUCCUUCUUGUAAUUACAGUAUAUAGAUAUCCUACUUGUGUGAAGAAAUAUGGAAAAUCAAAAGUAAGAGGAGAUUUGUCAUCUUAAGAAAUGCAACAAUUCCCGAAUGUUUAAAUGAAAUCAUCAUGUUUUAUGAUUAUCACCUGAUUCUUUCUGUGAAAGAUGUAUAAAAACUCUUGACCAGUAAUGCAGUCUGUCUCUGUGUUGACAUCAAUCUUGAUCCAGUUUUUUUCCGUCCUGCAAAAAUAUUACGCAAUAUGAAGCAGCCGAAUGAGCAGUGUGCAAGAUACUGUUAACAACAAUUUGAUAACAUAUGUACACAUUUUUCUAAUAAACUCAAAGGUGAUCCCUG